AUAAUUCCCACUCAUUAUCUUUGUUGCUUAAAGCUCCCUUAUCCUUCAUUUCCCUCUCUCUCUCUCUCUCUCUUUCCCUUUCUCUUUCCUUUCUCUCUUCCUACUCUCCAUUGUUGAAACCAAACUCAUCCAAUGAGAAGGAAAAAUCCAGGCAACAAUCCACACACAGAAACAUGGUAUACUACUACUACUACUACUACUACUCAUAACUAACUUACUUUUGAUGGUAAAUAUUAUUACUAUUUUCACAUUCUAGAGUAUUCAAAACAAGAAAGAAAAAAUAUAAAUUACUUAAAUCUUCUUCUUCUAGCUAGCUAGCUAGCCCCCUACUCUUUCUUUUAUCACUGUUUUUUUCUCCAAAAAAAAAAAGAAAUUCAUUUCUCAAAGUACAAAAGAAGGAGAAAAAGUAGUUUAAGUUAGCUUAGAGAGAAAUAUAUAUUAGUUAUUUUCUUAGAAAAAAAGAGAAGAAAAGUGUUGUUAGUUUUGUAGGGUGUCAUUUCUCAUGUGAUCAUGGAAGGAGGUGAUGAUCAUCAUCUCCACCACCACCACCAACACCACCACCAAUAUCACCACCGUCCCAACUUUCCGUUCCAAUUACUCGAGAAGAAACUCGAAGACGAAUCCGCCUCGUGCUCCAGCUCCGGCGGCGGCGUCGGGUUUCCAUCAUUAGCCAUCUCAACGUCAGUCACACCGGAUAACAAUAACAACAACAACAACCCAUUAUCAGCAAGAUCCACGACGACAACGUCAUCCUCUCUUCAAAUCUCAUCAUCCUCGGCUUCCGCAGCCGCGGCGGCCGAGCCAUCGUCGAAGAAGCCGCCACCGAAGCGUACUUCGACCAAAGACCGGCACACGAAAGUCGACGGCCGCGGCCGAAGGAUACGCAUGCCGGCGCUUUGUGCCGCUAGGGUUUUCCAGCUAACUCGGGAAUUAGGCCACAAGUCCGACGGCGAAACUAUCGAAUGGCUUCUCCAGCAAGCUGAGCCGGCCGUUAUAGCCGCCACGGGGACAGGUACGAUACCGGCAAACUUCACGUCGUUAAAUAUUUCCUUGAGAAGUUCCGGCUCCAGCAUGUCCGUGCCUUCCCAACUCCGAUCAACUUACUUCAACCCAAAUUUCUCGCUGCCGCAACGGAGAAGUCUUUUUCCGGGAAUCGGGUUGUCUCCGGAAAGUCCUUCCACGACUUUGCUGAAUUUUCAGUCCGGGAAUUUGAACUUAAACCCUAGUUUGAUGCAUCAAGCUAAGCAGGAACUCAGGGAAAAUACGCUCGACUUGACGGAGGCCGCCGGCGGGGAGGAAAGCCCGUUAGGGAGGAAAAGAAGACCGGAGCCGGAAUUACAACUUACACAGCAACAACAUGAGCAGCAACAAUCACAUCAUCAUCACCAGCAGUUAGGGAAUUAUUUGGUGCAGAGUAGUACCGGGGCGAUGCCGGCGAGCCACGCUUCGAUCCCGGCGAAUUUUUGGAUGGUGCAAGCGAAUUCCGGCAACCAAGUUAUGGGAGGAGGUGAUCCGGUGUGGACAUUUCCGAACGUGAAUAAUAGUGCUGCUGCUUUGUAUAGAGGUACCAUGUCAAGUGGGCUCCAUUUUAUGAAUUUUCCUACACCGGUGGCGCUUUUGCCUAGUCAGCAACUCGGCCAGGGUAGUAAUAUUGGCGGCGGCGGUGGAGGCAGCGGCGGUGGCGGUGGCGGAGGAGGUGGCGGGGGGACGGUUUUAGGAGAUCCACAACUGGGAAUGGGAGUGUUUGCUGGGCUAAACCCGUACCGGUCGGGUGGUGGCGGUGGCGGUAGUGGCGGGGGCGUGGCAGAAUCUCCGGGAAGUGGGUCCCACUCGCACCACGGCGGCGGGGGAGAUGAUCGGCACGACAAUACAAGUCACCAUUCCAUUCAUAGAGAAUGAUUCUUCUUCUUGGUCAUCAUCAUCAUCACCAUUUCUCUUCAUGUGUAGUUUGAUUUGUAACACACGUGAGGUUUGAUUAAUUUGGCGCUCCAAAAAAUUUGAUUUUUUUUUAAUCUUUUAUUUUUGGGCUUUUUUUUCCCUCCUCCUCCAUCUAAUUUGUUUUCCCAAUUUUUUUGUGUGAUUAAAUAUGAGAGAUUUAGGGUUUGCAAAAAAAAGAAGGCAAUAUUCUAACCGGUGGUCUUGGUGGUUCUUAUUUUUUUGUUUAUCCAAAAGUGUCAUUUGGAUUUGAGUUAAGUAACACAAUAUCUUAUGACCAUUGUUUUUUUUUGGCAAUUCCUUGUUCAUCAACAAACAUAUUUGUACAUGUAAUAUUGAUUAAUUUAUAAUGGCUUCUUUCUUUCUUUCUUUUCGCAUGAUAUAAAGUAUCAAUUGAAACUUGGAUUAAUAACUUCUGAUUUCUCCAUUCUAAAAUGAUUAUCUUGGCUGUUUUAUUAAAUUCCAUAAUUAUUUCUGAGCGAAGAGAAGAGAGCAUUAUUUUCGUUAAUUUACGGUAGUUAAUCUUAUUCAGUCAAAGUGACAG